AUGGCGAGCGGAGAGGAGGCCACAAAACGCCCCUUGUUAACCUCCUCUUCGGUCGGCCUGGAGGACCUGUUCCCUGCCGGGACCUCGGAGCAGGCGUGCGGGGACGGGAACCCGGAGCUCGACCGCUUGCGGGAAUGUCUCCAAGCUUGGCUAUCGCCGUACGAGCCCCUGCUGCUGUGGGUGCAGAGGCUGCUGGUCUGGGAGAGGCCGCUGUAUAGCCUCUCAGCCGCCCUGACUCUUAACACUUUAUUCUGGCUCCUAUCCUCCACUUCCCUGCGGCCCCUGUUCCUACUGAGUGUGUCCCUGCUGGGCCUGAUGCUGCUGGAGAGAUGGAAGCCCAAGUUACCCGUCAUUACAGUCCAACAUGCUGAGGCUGAACCUGCACAAAGCCCAACUUUGAGUUCGGAGCAUCAUCUGCUCAGCGUCCCGGAGCUCAGCCACCACCUCGCCGAGAGCUACCUGACCUGCUGCUUGUAUCUGCAGGAGACGCUGCAGUACAAACGCAGAAACCAUGGAAGGUUCUGUGUGAUGAUGUGCAGCGGCUGCUUUGUACUCUCUCUGGUUGGACAUUAUGUGCCAGGAAUCAUGAUUUCAUAUAUCAUAGCCCUAAGCGUGCUGCUGUGGCCCCUGGUGGUGUAUCAUGAGCUGAUCCAGAGGAUGUACACCGGCUUGGAGCCGAUCCUGAUGAAACUGGACUACAGCAUGAAGGGCGACACCGAGCACCGGAAGCACGACAAGAGGAAGGUAAAAAAGGAGCUGGAGGAGGGGGGUGAGCCCAGAGCAGAAACAGAAAGUGAGAGCGAGGAAGAGGAGGAAGAAUUGUCCUGUUUUGCUCCAACGGUGGAUGUGAAAACGACAGCUCUGGCAAUGGCCAUCACAGACUCUGAACUGUCAGAUGAAGAAGCGUCAAUAUUGGAGAGCGGAGGCUUCCCGGUCUCUAGAGCCACCACGCCUCAACUAACUGAUUUCUCUGAAGACCUGGACCAGCAGAGUUUCCACAGUGACCCGGAGGAGGCCUACCUGCGGGAUCUUCCUGAGUUCCCCUCCGUUGAGGAGUUCCCUUCCAUAGAGCACAGUCUGCUUCACUUCCCCCCACGAGCUCAGGGCGAUGGCGGCCAGUCGGAGAAGGAACCGCUCAGCCCCGCCACGCUCCUCAUCCAGCAUCUAGCGUCGCCUCUGCACUUUGUGAACACGCAUUUCAACGGACACGGACGGCCACCGGGGGGCGAGGAGAGUGCCCUGCCGGCAGCGGGGGUAAGGGAAGAGGCGGAGGCGGAGGCGGAGGCGAAGGCGGCGGUGAGUCAGGGCACGCAGCGCUCCUUGGAGGCUCUGAGCGAGGAGAUAGUGAGCACGGCCAUCUCCACCGUGGUGCAGAACACACUGUCGGCGCUGCUGCGCUCCGGCGAGGACCCCUCCCUGGCCGACUUCCUCCCGACUGAAACCCUACCGGGCGCUCUGGAGUCACCCAGCCAGUCCGCCGACACUACAGUGGGAGUCCCAGAUCCGGACAGAGACCCGGAGGACGGGGCUACGACAACGGAAAGCGCAGCUGGCGAAGAGUACCCGGAUGACACUCUAGUAGCAACUGAGGAAGAGGACUUUGAGCUUUUGGACCAAAGCGAACUGGAGCAGGAGGACGAGAGUCUGGACACAGAGGUGAUGGGGGCAGGGGCAGAUCCAGACGCACCUCAGCAACCACAGUCAUAGCCCCACUGGUCCCCUUUCCAUCUGCUUUUGUUUUUAUUUGUACAUCAUAUCCAUAAAAAACCCAAAUAUAUAUGUCUCUCUCUCUCUCUCUCUCUCUCGCUAUCUAUCUAUAUCUAUAUAUAUAUAGAUAUAGAUAGAUAUGUAUAUCUAUCUAUAUCUAUAUAUAUAUAAAUGCAUUAGUCCUGCAGUUUACUAGUGAGAUUCCAUUCAGUAAAACAAAACUCUACUGUACCUUUUAAAGGGGACAUAUAAUGGGAUAUCUUAUUUAAGAAUUACCCAUUCUAGUGUGUUUACAGUCGAACUUCUUCCAUUCUCGUUGCUACUCCCAAUAUCCUUUAAUUUAAAAAUUAAAAGCUGGUUCUGAUUAACCCGUAAUUGAUGCAAAGUCUGGCAUUAAAUUAGCUCAAGUUGGAAAAUUGUUCCAGUCUUACAAGUGGGAAGCAGCCAGCACUUUGUAGAAAAGUUUAAAGUUAUAACAUGUUCAGGUAAAAUCCCUAAAUGUUCCCCUUGAUAUUCAGUGCUAGUCAGAGGUUUUACUCAUCAUGGGAAAGAGUUUUGUCAGUCUUGUUCUUUUUGUUGAGUUAGAAUAACACUACUGUUCUCUUUUUCUUAAAGAGAACAGUUAGAAGCUUGAAUUUUUUUGUAGAUUUUUUUCUAAUCCACGUUUAUAUUUUUUUUUAAAGUGAUUGUCAUGGAGGGGAAAAAAAUCAAAAAAUUGCUUCUGCGUAGCCCGUUUCUCAACUGCUGCAAUAAAUGAGACACUAAUACGCCAAUAUCCAUGUUGUUACAUAAACAUACGCAUUGCUUUGUUCAGAAACGUAUUUAAAUUUGCCCUGUAGUUGAUUCCCGUUACGUGGACACAACUGGAUGUUUGUUACUUUUCAGUAGUCCUGUCUUCGUUCUUUUUGUCCACACACCAGUUCCAGUGGCAGUGAAAACACACCAUGAUGCUGCCACCACCACCGUGAUUGACCUAUGGAGCUAUGGAGUUUAAUGAAACUGCUUCCCAUGAUGAGUGUAUCUGAACCACAAAUGUAUCCCCUGGUUCAGACGGUGCAGUAGAGGUUUGUGUCGGUUUCCUCCUGAAUGUUUGAGGAGGCAGAACUUGAAUGAAGGAUUAUCGGUUACGGGUUGUGUUUGCCUGGCAACCAGAAUCUGGCUCCUGAUUACAGCAGCUCACUAGCUGAAUCCGUCCGAGCAUAAGUUUGUGAGACGGUAAAAAUGAUGGAUUUAGAUUUGUAACUAUUAAUAUAUGCUAUAAAUUAUUUAAAUUAACAGCCAGCUAGUAUAGAAAGACUGAAAGUUUAUUUUUAUCCCUUUGGCUACCAUAUUGAUUGUAUAUAGGUGUUUUAAUGGCACAGUGUACAUCCAGAUGUAAAUUGUAGGAAAAUUACAUGAAUCCCUUACUGAACCUCUGCAUUUUCGUUAAAAAAAAAAAAAGAAGCAAUUGUCUUAGUGAGUUGUUGCCUGAAAAUUGCAGCUUUGACAUUAUUGGAUGUUAUGAAUAUAGAAAUGGCACACAAGUGACUUUCAUGCGUGGCGAAACAGAAGAAGGAUGCGAUUUAUUUUUUUUCUGCCAUCUGUACAUAAUUCGUCCAUUUGUGACUGAAAAAAAUGUUACAUAGGCCCUACAUGUGUAUAGCUGUCCCUAUUACUGUUCAUGCAUGCGGUGUAUCACGCAUGUAGGAAAAUUUUGUUUUCAGGGACUUCGGCAAAUUUUUUUUUUUUCUUUCUCCCUUUCUUGUAACGGCUUGGGAAUUGCUACCACAAUUUGCUCAGAAAUGAUCAAGUCCGUACGGAGGGGCCUUCUCUGCUUUCAUAAACGACUCGGCAUCCGACUCAGGUUGUACAAAAGCGAUCGUAACACAGCGGAAUGUGUCUCCGUUUCCUGACCAGUAGUAGUGCAUCGUAUUUCUACUAAUCUCUGAUAUGUUUUCUCCCAGUUGCUAAUAGUGUAGAAAUGCAGAAAAGAAAAAAAAAAAAGAUGGGAAG